CAGGGACAACAUAUAUAUAAUCCCUUUGCUUUUCUCUUUCAACAAACAGCUAGCUGCUAUUGUUGGACUGGCUUUGGGAAGGUGGACGAGGAGGCUGUUGGAAAGGAAAUAGCUACUUCAGGGAAUUCGGACUCUGGAGCACAGAAGCACAAAAAAUGCCGGUCAUCAACAUAGACGAUUUAACAGAAAAGGAUAAAGCAAAAAUGGAAGUUGAACAACUCAAGAAAGAAGUUAAACUGGAGCGACAGCUGGUUUCCAAAAUGUGUGAGGAAAUUAAAACCUACAUCGAGGACAAGUCUGGAGAAGAUCCACUCGUCAAGGGUAUUCCUGAAGACAAGAACCCAUUCAAGGAGAAAGGAGGCUGUGUGAUUGCCUAAAAUCUUCUAGGUCUGUAAUCUUCAGUCAAAUAAGUUGGUUUAGACCACCUGGCUCAACUGGCACAUGAAGAACCCCCCUGUAUGCUGCACUGUAUGGAAAGAGAAUGACUUACAACUGUCCGCCCCCUUUAUGCUUCUACACUUAACUGCUUCGGGCGAUAACCCAACCGCACCGCGUUGAGGACAUAACGUUUUAUUCAGUCCUAGGCCCCAGGGGUAACAUGUUGCUUUGCGGGUUGUACUAGUUUCUUUUAAUAAAAUAUCUGUAAAUCCUGUUAAUGACCUAUUUUCUAGAAUAAAAUAAUAAGUUGUA